AUGGGCUGGACGAGGAAUCUGCUUGGAGAGGGUGUAUCUAGGCAGAGGGACGAGGAGGGUGGGGUCGCAUGCAGCACGGAGGAGGACUCGCCUACUACCAAGAAACCGGCUAGGAUUGACGGUCGAUUCCCGCUGACCAGAUGGGAGCUCGCGGCCGCCUCCUCUGUGUUCAUCCUAUUCUCCAUGGGACUUUUCUCCAUAUACCUCACACUGCCGGAGGAAGAGUAUGGCAUCUUCCGACUGCCUCGUUCCAUAUCAGAUAUCCGGGUCCUUAAGUAAGUCAAUCUUACGUUUUCUUUUCCUUCUCCACUUCUCAUGUUUCUGGAGAAUGGUACCGGAUGAGGGGGGCGAUUGGUAGACGCCUGAUUUGGCUAGUAUUUAUGAUCAUGCAUAGAUCUGGAACAAUCCCGAUCUAGAUGGAUGGUAAUUUAUUUUAUACUGAUGAAUGGUACCAUCGAAAAGAGCUACACAACUUUUGAGCAUAGAUUCUUCUGUCACUCCAUGACAAAGAAUCUGGGCCGAAUAACUUCUAGCUUCUUUUUUACUGUCUUGGGAACACUGAAAAUAGAACAGUGGGUUGGCAGAUUGGACCACGCAGAUUGCAGAGCAUGACAAGAUUUUUGGGGAUACAUGAAGAUGCUACUAUCAGAAUAGUUUCACCCCUUUUGCACAAGUUACGGAUUCAUCCUUAGAUGGAGUUUUCUAAAUAUCUCUACAUGAUCCCUUAGCUUUUUUAUUUGGAUGACUGUUAAGGAUAAAAAUCUGCCGAUGCCCCAUGAUCGAUCCCUAAUGACCUAGCCCUUCAAAGUAUAGUCGAAUUUGACUGUUUUACACGGAUUUUCUCUUCUACUUGUUACGUUAAAUAUUAUUUGCAACAGCUACUUUUGUUCCUUUCUUUAUCUGCUGAGGAUGUCGGUAAACACCAAACUUUCUAUCUUGAUUGAUGAUUUUACAUGAAACAUAUUUUCUUUAGUUUUUGAUAUAAAUUUGGCACAAAAUACAGCAUUAUCUUCAAUGACUUGUCUCUGUCGAAAGUCGGCAUUUUACUGGUUUUAAUUUCCUAGCAUUACAUAAUAUUCUGUCUGUGCAAUGACUUCCCCUGCUACUCUUAUCCACAAUUUGGCAAUGUUAAUUUCCCUUAAAUAUCAUGCCUUCUUGGCCCAGGAAAUUCAGUAUCACCUGCCUUAUGCUUUCUGUUCCCCCUUCAUUUUUUUAUUUUUUUUCUCUGCAGGGAUCAUCUGGCAGAUUUUGCCAACAAUUACCAAACAAAGUUUAUGUUAGGCUACUGUUCAAUAUACAUCUUUAUGCAGACGUUUAUGAUUCCUGGCACUAUUUUUUUGUCGUUGCUGGCUGGAUCAAUUUUUGGUGUUGUGAAAGGCGUCCUCUUAGUGGUCUUUACUGCAACUCUAGGUGCAUCAUCAUGCUAUUUGCUGUCAAAGUUAAUUGGUAGGCCCAUAAUUUCCUGGUUAUGGCCUGAAAAGUUAAGAUUCUUCCAAGCGGAGGUAUUAUUUAUGUUGUUGAUGCGCUAAGAUUAAAAAACCAUAAAAAUAGGAAAAAUAAUGAAAUCCAUCAUCACUCACUCUUUCGCUAUUCCUUGCAGAUCGCCAAGCGCAGAGAAAAGCUAUUAAAUUACAUGCUCUUUCUGAGGAUAACUCCAAGCUUGCCAAACACUUUCAUAAAUCUGGCCUCUCCGAUAGUUGACAUACCAUUUCAUAUUUUCUUCCUCGCCACUUCGGUUGGUCUCUUUCCAUCUUCUUAUAUCACUGUCAGAGUAAGUUACUACAUCCUCCUACCCUUUUCUACUAAAAGUUCUAUCAGUCUGUACUUUUUUCCUCCUUUAAUCUCAUUAUCUAACCUUAUUAUGAUAACCUUGUGUGAAAAGAAGUAAAACUGUUACCAGAAACAAAAGACGGGAAAAAAGUGGCACAAUGAGGCACAAUCCUUGUAAACUUAAUUAUAAAUCGUUGAUAUCUAGAAUAGGAAUAUUGAGACCAGUUUUCUUAAGCCUUUUGAAGCAGAAGCCAGUUGGGAUUGUUCACUAUCAUCACUCUCAAUCUUGGAUUGAGUAUACGUGGGAGAGGUAGUGGCGAAUAUAUUUAUAUAAAUAUUCAAAAUAUGACAGCCUUUUCUUUUCUUUUUCUUAGUGUAAAUGAUCCUGUUUUACCCGCUCAUUUUUAACUAGCAAUCUCCUUCUCUAGCUUCCACCUUUCACUCGAAGGAUCCUGCUCUUCUUCUUCAUCAUUAUCUUCUUCUUAUUAUUAUUCUUUUAAUGCUUCUUCUUCUUCUUCUUCAUCAUCAUCAUCAUCAUCUUCGUAUUCUUUUAAUGCUUCUUUAGGCUGGCCUCGCACUGGGGGAGCUCCGCUCAGUCAGGGACUUGUAUGACUUCAAGACCUUAGUGGUCCUCUUUCUCAUCGGAUCCAUCAUCAUACUCCCAACCAUCUUGAAGAGGAAGCGAACCUAUGAAUGA